AUGGGCGUCUAUAUAGUCGUUCUCGAUCAACAUUUCAAGAAUUCGGACAAUCCCAGCGACACGUCAUUUGAAGCUAAAUCUUAUCCUGCUACUGAACUCGAGUAUUCUAAUGCUAAUGCCUAUGAGACCUAUUAUUUACCGGCUCCUAAGGACCCAGAUCACUACAACCCAAUCAUGUGCUUAGAACAAUCACUGUAUACUAUCUUCGAAUUUACAAGCGUGGAUUCUGAUACAAUACCAAGCUACAUUACGCCCGCGCAGCAAGCGCUAUUUGGAACAUUACCCACAGAUUUUCUACAAGAUGUCGAUAAUACGCCACCAUCCUCACCGCUCACGCAGCUCUCGGGUGAUUCAGAUCAAUCGAGUCCUGUAAAAUUCCCUUCGUACGACCUUUGCGGAACAAAUCACUUGCGUAUCCUCCAGCGUUCCAUCCGACGGCGUGACGGUCCGAUUUUCCUUUCUACCAUGCAAAAUAUUAACCAGCUCCUCCGUGCGCUGAAAUACCUGCCACUUCCAUCGGACCUGUUCACACCAGCCCCUCCGAAUGUACUUAUAGAGGCCAUCAAAAUUUGGCCAUCAGGCGGGAUUCCCAACCUGUUGAACCGCUACGAAGCAUUUUCGAGCGACGUAUACGGCGAGCUGUUACCCUCGUUCACCUCAGAUAUCAUUGCUGCUACACAUCUCCACAAAGACUCCUUGUUUUUGGACUUGGGAUGUGAUGCGAGCCUGGAAACGUGCUGCAGAAUCUACGGAAUUGAGCUGAUGCCUACUCCCGCGGAGGGACUUUCGAUAGGAGAGGUGGAGUCAGAAGAAGGAGACAUGCUGACUAGUCGGAGAGCGGAUGUUGUGCUGGUUAAUAAUAAGGUGUUCCAGCAGUCGCUAAACGAAGCAUUAUGCCCGCGGUUUCUUGAUUUAAAAGAGGGUGCCAUUGUUAUUUCCUUGAAGCCAUUCGUUUCCUCUCUCAACUCACGCGUUACUGAACGCAACGUGGACGCGAUCUUUGACGUCUCUGAACUAUCCGACCGCUCUGGCAGCGUUUCAUGGGGAAGCGGAGGUGGCUCGUAUUAUCUACAUCGAGUUGACCGGGCAGGCUAUGCAGGAAUCAAACAACAGUUUGAGAACCAGCGUGCGAGGAGUGCGCGUGCCUCACGGCGGUGA